AUGGCUGCUAAGACUGAUGUUAUUGAUCCUAAAUUACCUGAGGGUAGAUUGGUAAGUAAAUUUUUUAAUAAAAUUUCAGGACAACCUGAUUCAUUUAUCAAUAGAGGAAAUUAUGACUUCGGAAAGACUUUAGGGGCGGGAACGUUUGGAUUAGUACGAGAAGCUAUGAAUAUCUCAACAGGUGAAAAAGUUGCAGUGAAAAUUCUUUUAAAGAAAGCAUUAAAGGGUAAUGAUGUUCAAUUGCAAAUGUUAUAUGAUGAAUUAUCAUUAUUACAACAUUUACAUCAUCCAAAUAUUGUAGAAUUUAAAGAUUGGUUCGAAUCUAGAGAUAAAUUUUAUAUUGUCACACAAUUGGCUACUGGUGGUGAAUUAUUUGAUAGAAUCUUAAAACGUGGGAAAUUUACAGAAUUAGACGCAGUUAAGAUCGUCAUACAAAUGUUAGCUGCUGUAGAAUAUAUGCAUGCACAAAACGUUGUCCAUAGAGAUUUAAAACCGGAAAAUAUUUUAUAUGUUGAUAAAUCUGAAAGUUCGCCAAUAGUGAUUGCAGAUUUCGGUAUUGCUAAAAGAUUGAAAAGUAAAGAUGAAUCUAUUAACAAAGCUGCAGGUUCUUUAGGGUAUGUAGCUCCGGAGGUGUUAACAAGUAAUGGUCAUGGAAAACCAUGUGAUAUUUGGUCCCUAGGGGUUAUUACAUAUACUUUACUUUGUGGGUAUUCUCCAUUUAUCGCCGAAAGCGUAGAUGGCUUCUUAGAGGAAUGUACCGAAGGGACACAUCCCGUAAAAUUCCAUUCCCCUUAUUGGGAUAACAUUACUGACGAUGCAAAGAAAUUUAUUUUACGUGCAUUGACUUUAGAUCCAUUGAGGAGACCUACAGCUACACAGUUAUUAGGUGACCCAUGGAUUAUGGAUAUGAAUGUCAGUAGAGGAAGUACCAAUAUUUUACCAAACGUCAAGAAAGGAUUCGAUCUACGUGGGAAAUUACUUAGAGUUAUUGAUAAUGUUAAAUUGGAAAAUAAAUUAAGAAGAUUAAGAAAUUUGUAUAUUGCUGAAAAUGAUUUGGAUGAAGAUUUACAGGAGAAAGAAUUAAAAGAGGAUCCUUUAACAACUGUAGCAGAUUCAUUGCACGAUUUGAGACUAGAUUCAAAGAAAGAACUUAAUAAAUUAACAGCCGAACAAUGUAAAUUGAAGAGUGCAUUAGCUGAGGAAUCAUUCGCUUCUAUUGUUAAGGCUGUAACUAGUGAUCGAAAAAAAUUAAUAGAUGGUAUUACACGUCCCAGCCAAGCUUCUAAGUCUACUGCACAAUCAGAACAAUCUUCAAAAACUCAAAAUACUAUAAGUGAAGAACCUUAA